AUGCCUCUAGUCGUCCCCGACAUGAACAGCGGCGAUAAGAACGAAUGGCUCAGUAAGCUGGCCGGAAAGACGAUCACAGAAUCUACGAGCGAUGUUACUUCAUUCGCGAAGAAGGAUUUACCGCACCCUCAUCGGAUCCUUAGACCUGGCGAUAUGAAGACGAUGGAUCAUAACUCUGAACGGUUGAACGUGCAUUUGGAUGAGAAUGACACAGUUCAUGAUGUCAGUUUCGGUUGA